CCAUGGCGGCGGCGGACAAGCGGUGGGACAGCGGCUUCCUGCGCUCCCCGCGGGGCGCUGUGAAGAUCGCCCGCGCGGUGGUGGCGUUUGUAACGUUCCUCUGCUUCGUGGCGUCCCGCUCGGGCGGGGCGUACACCGCCCUGGCCCUCAUGGAGACGGUCAUCACGGCGCUGUUUUUCCUGCUGUACUUGCUAAAGCUGGACAAGAAGCUGAGGUGGCUCUUCUGGCCGUUGGCGGAUAUUUUCAACUCGGUGAUUGCAGCGUUGUUCCUCCUCAUUGUGUGCCUGUUUGCAGUAAUAAUCAAGACCAACAAUGGGACACUGGCUGGAGGACUUGAAAUUCUAGGUGGGAGAAUCGCUGGCUCUUUUAGGACUAUCCAGUCUGAUUACACUAUUUAAGAAGAAAUGCCUACAAUCCUGCUAAAAAGAGUUGAAACUUCUUAACAGACAUGCUGGUACCUCCCUCUUGAUGUGUAUAUUAUUUUUUUCUGACACAAACUGAGAAAUUACACCAGUUAAAAAGGUUUUUUCAGACUAUGAUUGUAAGAUUUUUGUGCCUUUAAGAUCAAGCCAGUUUAAUAGUUUAAACAACUGGUAUUUUUAAUUCAAGUAAAAACUAAUUAACAUUAGUAAUAAGGGGGGGCAGGGGGAAUCAGUUUUGAACGUAUUUAAGUCUCUUGAAGUACAAGAUAAGCUAAAAUGUGAUGAGCAACCAAAAGAAACGCAGAACUUGCCACAUGGGUUUUUCGAAAUCAGCUUAAGAGGCAAUGAGGUGGAAAGCUGAUGUCUUCGCUGGCAACAACAUCCAAAGCAAAAAGGAGACUUUCUGAUAAAGUGACGGGCUAUGCUAGAAUCUAAUUUAUAUUCUCAACUGUGAAGUUAAGUUGGAAGCAGGAGACUAAGCAGGCAGCUUGGAAACAAGUUCGGGCAGGACAUAUGACAUCUUCAGCGUUGAGAGAAACAGAAUUGCCCCGAGGCCUGUGCUCCUAGGGCACAAACUGCCUGGAACUGUGGCCUCCUGAAAGAGCUUGCCUUAGCAUUACUCCCACUGACCAGAUAAUUCCACUUUAAAACAUGCUUGCAUAAAAAAAACUUGUGUGCAUGUGGGAUCGGGCCAAAGGGCAAGAGCUGAGUGAGUUAACUCAGCAGCUCUUUUGCCAGUCGCCUGCCUGAAGUUUUAUAUUUUUUAAAUACUUAACAUACAUUUUCUUCAAUUUAUUUGGAACAUGUUUCUCAUUCAGAGCUUCAGAGGAGAGGAGCACUUGUUUUUUUCCUGCUAGGCUCGUUUCUACAAAUCUUGACUUUCCUCCACGCUGAUACCAUUAAUUAGGCAGUCCUUGAAGAGACAGAAGGGUUUUGAUUCAGGAUAAAAGCAUUGUCUAGCAUAAUGCAGCAUUAGCUUAGCUUUCAAGGAGAACACAUCACCUCCAAGGCAUCACACAAACAGCAAAAAAAGCCAGGGUGUAGACUGC